CUUCUCCAUCGCUCCACAUCCACCGAGCGCCUCUUCCUCUCCGCAUCCGCGUCUCGCCUCACCUCCUCCGGCAUCAUGACCAACGAGUCCCCGGGGGAGGACCGGGGCUUCGGGCGGAGGAGCCGAGGACGCGCGGAGGACAACGUGACCAUCCUGACCUCCUCCGCGGACCUGCCCCGGCUCAGCGGCACCGGGGGCACCGGCGGGGGGCGCAGCCGGGCCGGCACCGCUCCGGACACGGCCUCCACCCUCAGCUCCUCCCUGGAGCUCAGCAUCCAGACGCGCAUCUUCAAAAUCAUCGUCAUCGGAGACUCCAACGUGGGCAAGACGUGUCUGACGUUCCGAUUCACCGGGGGGAACUUCCCCGACAAAACCGAGGCGACCAUCGGCGUGGAUUUCAGGGAGAAGGCGGUGGAGAUCGAGGGAGAGACGAUAAAGGUGCAGGUGUGGGACACGGCAGGACAGGAGCGCUUCAGGAAGUCCAUGGUGGAGCAUUACUACAGGAACGUCCACGCCGUCGUCUUUGUCUACGACGUCACCAAGAUGGCGUCUUUCCGAAACCUGCAGACCUGGAUCGAGGAGUGUAACGGUCACAGAGUGUCGGCCUCGGUGCCUCGGGUUCUGGUGGGAAACAAGUGUGACCUCAUCGACCAAAUACAGGUUCCUUCCAACGUGGCGCUGAAGUUCGCCGACUCCCACAACAUGCUCCUGUUCGAGACGUCGGCCAAAGACCCCAAGGAGAGUCAGAACGUGGACUCCAUCUUCAUGUCGCUGGCCUGUCGCCUCAAGACCCAGAAGUCGCUGCUGUACCGGGACGUGGAGCGGGAGGAGGACCGCGUGGAGCUCAGCCAGCGGACGGACUGCAAGAGCAACUGCCCCUGCUAGAGCCGCGCGGAGGACGACCACCAAAAACAAACAAAAAAAAACCCUCGACCGCGAAUAAACGAACGCGCCGUCGCGAGUCAGGAGAAGUAAAAGUCCGAUAGAUCGAUUUGCCGCAUUCUGUUGAACGCCGGUACUGGAUAAACCCGAGAUGAGUCCGUUGUAAAUUCCUUCCGCACGCGCAUCAAGAAUCUCGGACUUCCGGUCGUCGCCGCAAUCCACGCCGGGAAGGAUUCACCGGAAAAAAGCGAGCGUCAAACCUCCGCGUUUGUUUUCCCGGUGCGACGCGUCUGUCGUCGAAGUCGAUCUUUUCGAGCCUUUUGAACCAUUUCGCUUUUGUUUCUGGUUCUGAUAUUGUCGUGUUUUAGUUUUUUGGGAUUCGGACGUCGUUUAAUUGUUGUGGUUGUUGGAUCCUAACGGCGGAAAACGGCUCGAGGAAUUUGUUUGCGAAUUCGUAAAUGCAAAAGUGAAUCAGAUGUGUGUGACUCAAACCUCUGUUCAAACUGUUUCUCUUCCCAACGGAAUUGAAAAAUAGUGAAAGGUGAAGGUGAUGGGCAGGAUUGAUCCACAGGAAGGAACAAAAAGGAAACAUUUGACUGCGGGACUGAGACCAGGACCAGACCAGGACCAGACCAGGACCA